CAAAUCCACUUGCAAUCGGAUCAAUAAGUUGGCGAUCGAGUCGCAGAACUCGUCAGGUUGUCUCAUCCACGUAGUCACAAUCGCGAUGGUGAUCGAGGAGAAAAGUGGUGCCCAUCUAGUGCCUCCAGCAUUCGAGAAUGUGGAGUACGUGAUGAGGAUUACCUACACACUCUCAACGGAUAGAAGGACCAUGUCCUUUGUGGAUUACCUCUGGGGGAUUGAAGUUACGGGUGGUGUUGAUCAAUAUGAACCUCUCACAAUAAUCAGUGUCAGGCAGGGAGGUUUAGCCCACAAGGCAGGCAUUCAAGUGAAUGAUACCAUCAUGAAGAUCAACAACACCUCAGCGGACAAAUUGACCCUAAUGGAGGCACAGCAAUUAAUAAGAAAAUCCGGAAGAUCAGUUCGGAUCAUCGUACAGGGUGAUGACAACAGUGAGAGUGACUUUGGCGCCGAAGAUGAAUACACAGUGAACUUUUGGUUUACACCUCCGAUUAAGCACAGAGGAGCGACAUCCAACUUUUCAAUAGGAAAAAUUCCCGAUGUCUUCCCAUGGAAUGAUCGCCGAAAACCAAUAUACAAGGAAUCCAAUUGCUACCUUGUGCCCAGCAUUUAUGUGGAACGAAUGAGGCGAACGUCAGCCAAUAGGACGAUCAUAAAGUCUCUCGAGGAGAAAAUAGCAAUCCAGCACAGUGAGAUUAACACGAGGACGGAACCCAGUGAUAUUUACUAUGAAUUAGAAGAUCUACCCCACUCGUCUCGCACUGCGUAGUGCACCACGCACCUCAUCGUGACAAAUUCGUCGGUCACCGCCAUCGGAUUCAUGCCUUGUUGCACUGCAAACUAUUAAUUGAAUGGAUAUUGACGAUCAGUUCGGUUUGGUAAUCUCAGGCAAGAUCAUCGUGGCGUGUUGAUUAACAUUGUAAAGGAUCCCCCGAUUGUUUCCCAUAUAAAGUGAUUGCGAAGAAAUAAAAAUAUUUUUUCUGA